GUUCGUAGAUCUGUGGACCGUCAUUUGGGACAGAAUCAAAGCAUGGUGGCAAAAUCAUCUGCAUGAACGAUGCAGGUUCAAGCAUAGGCGCCAGGUUGUGAAGUCCAUCAGAUUCAUAGGUACCUAGUUGCACUUUGAAUCCCGGGAAAGCCAGCACGUUACGCUUUCAUGAAUGGGACUCUUGGCAGGGCAGUGAGCCUCCGGCCUCCAAUGGAGAGGACCGCCAGCGCAACCAAUGUGCUCGUGCCAAGACCAAACGCCCAAGAUACGCUGGAUGCUGCAGGAGCGCAAGUGAAGACUCCCGUCCACACACCCAACGCAAUUGAGAAGCAGCUCGACAACUGGCCGGCUUUCGUGAGGGCUGUGGAAGAGAGCUUUGAUGAGUGCGCAUCGUGCAAUGCAGGGAGCUACCUGGAGGACUACCAAGUGCUGGGGGCUUUGCAGCUGGUGUAUGAUAAGCUUGCGGGAAGCGGUGACUCACGAUUUGGCCGCAUCUGCCUCUUCCGGCCCAGCCCCCAGGACCUCGAGGCCGGAGCUCGGGAACAGAAGACCUUCGACCGGCGCCGGAACCUGAAACGGAAACACUUUCAAGAGCUCGCGCGAGCCGUCUACGCCAGGGUCCUCGUAUUCCGGGGGCGUCGAAUCUGUCUCUUUGCGGCGGGGGGGAGCUUCAUAGCAAAGUUCUUUAUGAAGGCACCAUUAAUCCGGCAGGCCAACAAUGUGGUGACAAAUACCAUAAUGGUGGGGCUAGUGGGGCCGGUAGCGGGCGUGGUUCUAGCUGUCAAACUAUGACAGGGAGUGUAUUUGCUUGCCUGAAGUCCCUGCACGAAGACGAAUGCUGUUCAGCAGGGGUUACCUCCUAGUUGAGCAGAAGGGGCCUCGGCAAGAGGCUGUCUUGUGAACGAAGGGCCUUCGAAAAGAGCGCUGGAGGGAAUAGACGAGAUAGUCUAGAUUUGCGAAUGCAGGUGUAGUAACUGAGCUUUCUAGCUACAUGAGCGUAUGUCUGUGCACUCGUUUCAUCAGGUGCUAAAUUGGCAAGUGUGACAGUAGCUACUUAGAAUCAAGGGUUCGGGAGACUGGCUGGAAAAGAGUUCGGUGGCCGCAGCGAGAUCAUGCUUUGAUUGGACGGUUUGAAAGCUGAAUUUUUCUGUACAAUUCUACUAGAACGUGAACAUCCGAAGCAAGACUUGUAGCAAGUCUUCUGUUCAAUCAGACGCGCAAUCAGGUGCCAGCUGGCUGACCGUCCUAGCUGGUAUAUCAAGUCGGUCCAUUCAUAUUCAAUCGAAGAACGAGACGAGCAC